AUGGAGUGUGCAGCAGUUCCCCUGGAUGACAGCAGUGGUGGUGAGUGCAAGGCUUCAUCCGACUGUGUCCGAGCCGACGGAACAGUGGGUGAGUGUGUUUGCAAGCGUUGGUGGAAUCGCGGUCUUCCUGGCUACUGCGAGUUGCUGGUGCCUGACCUGCAGCGUCCUGCGCUGAUGGACUUCCGGAAACGGGCCCUGGCAGGCUGUCAUCACAACUGGCCCGAGGAUCGUUGUGCCGCUGAGUUGGACAAGCUGGAACUGCUUGAGCUGGUAAAGCGCGAGCGGCAAGCAACGGCCGAUCCUACUAGGGAGGUGCCAGAGUGCGCUCAUGGGAUCAUACAGCUGCCGGCCGUGUCUGGCACCGAGCCACCUCCCCUCGCCUUGCUGUUGCUCUUCGCCUGGUUUGUCUUGUGA